AUGCAACGAUCGGCCGUUAUUGCUUGCAGAAAGAUCCUCCGGCCUACUUUGCCGACGCCGGUGGUACAUCAUCACGCAGACAUCUUCCUUAACCACCGUGGCGUGGACACAAAGAAGGGAGUUGUAGGGCUUCUCUACAACCACUUCUCCCUUCUAGGUUUACGCCCGUUCUUGGACAACAAGAACAUGAAACCGGGAGACAAUCUUUUUGAGAAAAUAGAAUUCGCUAUAAGGAAAUGCAAGCUAGGGAUUGCCGUCUUUUCCCCUACUUAUUGUCAUUCUUAUUUUUGUUUGCACGAACUUUCCAUGAUAAUGGAGUGCAACAAAAGGGUUCUACCAAUUUUUUGCGACAUUAAACCAUCCGAGCUUAGGGUUCACGAGGAUAACGUAGUUAACUGGAGAUGUUCAUCCAAGGAUUUGCGUAGAUUUCGUUGUGCUAUAGAGCAAGCCAAGAAUACCGUUGGGUUGACAUUCAAUUCCACAGAUGGGAAUUGGUCAGAGUUUCUGAAUAAUGCUUCGAAUGCUGUCAUGAAGAACUUGGUUGAGAUUGAUGGAGGAGAAGAAAUCAUCAUGAGAUCAAUAGGCCAGCACAAGCACAUCAUAGAUUUCUAA